AUGAUAUAUGGAAAAACAUCUUUCUACUUUCCACAUUGGUUUCAGCAUCUUGAUAGACCUGGUGUCAGCUUUUGCUCUCGUACUUCUUAUGAUGAUAAUGCUAUUACCAAUGCUAUUGAGAUCUACAACAAACCCAGUGGUGCCCUUCAUUUUACUGCCUCGAAUAAUGACUGUGGAGUUAGAGAUUUUGACAUGGAGAGAUACCAGCUUGUUAAGCAUUUUUCCUUUCCUUGGCCAGUGAACCACGCAUCAUUGAGUCCUAAUGGUAAAUUACUAGCUAUUGUUGGCGACAAUCCCGAGGGCCUUAUAGUAGACCCCAACACAGGAAAGACGCUGGAAACACUAUCAGGACAUUUUGACUACUCCUUUGCCUCAGCGUGGCAUCCUGACGGAAUCACUUUCUCAACUGGAAACCAAGACAAGACCUGCCGUGUAUGGGACAUCCGCAACCUAUCUCACUCUGUUGCUGUCCUAAAGGGUAACCUUGGAGCAAUCCGGUCGAUCCGCUACACGUCCGACGGAAAAUACAUGGCCAUGGCCGAACCGGCAGACUUUGUGCACGUCUAUGACGUCUCAAAGGGGUAUGAAACAGAGCAGGAGAUCGACUUCUUUGGAGAGAUAUCUGGAAUAUCAUUCAGCCCUGACACAGAGGCGCUCUUCAUUGGGGUAUGGGACCGCACUUAUGGUAGCCUCCUUGAGUAUCAUCGGCGCAGAAACUACACCUAUCUUGAUUCGUUUCUUUAAGCGAAGAAGAGAAGUAUACACAACCCGUUCCAAGGAAUAAAAGAGAGCUCAUACAAAAGGAGAAGCAUAGAAUAUAAUGGAUGUCUUAAAAUGUGUAAAUGAUGUGUUAUGCAAAUGCUAUUGUAGUUACUGUCUUUUUGUUUCCUUUGCCGGAGGCUUGCAUGUUGUUUCCUUGUGAAUUCUGAAGGUUCAAGAUGUGUACAGUAAGUAGUGUUGCUUAGUUGUUUCAAUUAUGAAAACAUCAAUAAAGUUUCUCACAAAAA